AUGGAGGACCUCUACGACAAUCUGGACAUGAUAUUCGUGGCUAGUGGACCACUCUUCGAGGCUCCUCGGCAAGUUGCUCCCAUUGUCAAGCAAAUACCUGGAUUAACCAUCAAACCUGAAUCAAAGUUAAAUUUUUCUAAUGUGGACAUUUUCGAUUUCCUGGAGAGAUCCACGCAAGGAGUGGUUCUUUUCAGCUUGGGUCAAACUGGUGUUGGGGGUGGAAACUACAUUACCUCAGAGUUCAAGGAGAAGCUUAUCCAAGGAGUGCUAGGAACCCCAUUCAAUGCCGUUAUACACUUAGAUCCUGAUUUGGUGGAUUUCACAUUAAAGGAUCCUGAUCGUCUCUUCUUCGGCAAAUGGUUACCAAAUCAGGAAAUCCUUGCACAUCCGAACACGAGAGUGUUCCUCAGCCAUGUUGGUUUGGCCAGUUUCCAAGAAGCCAUGUUCCACAAUGUGCCCAUUCUAGCCAUGCCCACCUUUGAGGAUCAGUUUGAGAUUGCCAAGGCCAUUGAGGAUCGGGAGAUUGGGGAAGUGAUUUGGGAUAAAGCGGCAAUCACCCGAUUGAAAUCUCUCAAAAACUCGUGGAAGUGGCCAGCAAUGGCAAGUAUCUUGGGAACAUGA